CAAAUUGGUGUUACUGUCAUUCAUGCUUCGCCCCGUGACACUGGGCAUUAGCGCAUCUCUUGUCUCUUUCCCGCCCGACCGAUGAUUACGCAAUAGCUUCCCUCCUCCGUCCGCCGUCAACCGUCCACCGUCCACGGGCAACAACAGCGAACCCCCGCCCCUGGCCCCCCCCCGUCUACCGCUCUUUGCCCUCCCUUCGCCGCUGCCGCCGCCGGCCACCAAGGAGGAGGGGUGUCCACGCUUUCUCCACAAUGGCUUCCGUCGGCUCCCCGCUCGCCCGCCCCGAACUCCUAAUGGCAGUUCGUAACGAGCACAACAAGCCUGCCGUAUUCCGGUCCCUCCUCGUCAUCCGUCUCCUCAAUGCCUGGUGGGUCCUUACCUUUUUCCAGCCCGACGAGUACUUCCAGGCCCUCGAGCCCGCCUGGCGCAUGGCCUUUGGCGAAAGCGGCGGUGCGUGGAUUACUUGGGAAUGGAGGAACCAGCUCCGCUCCUCGCUGCAUCCCGCCCUCUUCGCCGGCGUUUAUUACCUCGCGGAUUUCGUCGCCCGCCCGCUCCCGUUCGCCAGGCCAUGGCUCCUGCUCGCCGCCCCGAAGGCCGCUCAGGCUGUCUUCGCUGCCGCCGGUGACUGGUACACCUGGCAGCUGGCCGUAAAGAUCUACGGUGCCGACAGCUCCAUCUCAUGGUUUGCUCUAUUUAUGAGCAUGUUCAGUCCUUUCCAAUGGUACUGCUCGACGAGAACAUUCUCCAACUCGCUAGAGACCACCCUCACCGUCAUGGCCCUCAACUACUGGCCGUGGGAGCUCCUCGGUGAAAGCAGGCCCGAGAAGGAGAAUCCCAAGCCUGCAAAGUCAAUUCUGCACGCACCAGGAGUACUGAUGAGCCUUCGCUUAUCCCUCACCCUCGCGGCCGUCGCUGUUCUGCUUCGCCCAACCAACGUGAUUAUAUGGGCAACAGUCGCAAUAGCCACACUGGCUCGGCCCCUCUCCACUCGAUCCUCCGUCCUCACGGCGCAGACAUUCCUCAUUCUUAUUCGUGAGGCCUUCUUAUGCGGUACCGUCGUGAUCUCCCUAUCUCUCGCCUCGGACCGUCUCUACUUUGGCCACUGGGCCUUCCCGCCCUACAAGUUCCUCUACUUCAAUCUCUCACAGUCCCUCGCUGUCUUCUACGGCCGCAAUGACUGGCACUAUUAUCUGUCUCAGGGCCUGCCUCUCCUCUCCAUCGCCUACCUCCCCUUCGUCCUCGCUGCCCUCUACCGCCCGCCGUCGACGCCAUCCGAGAUCCGCACCCAAACUCUCAAGACCCUUUCGCGGAUAGUUUACGUCGUUAUCGCGACGCUCUCCCUCGUCUCUCAUAAGGAGGUCCGCUUCAUUUAUCCCCUCCUCCCGGUUCUCCAUGUCCUCGCCGCCGCGCCCUUGACCAGCUUCUUCACCUCGCCGGCCCCAUCGCCAACCCCCAAGUCCCCGCUCCCCAAGCCCAGACUCCGGCACAAACGCCUUCUAACCUUCGCUCUGGCCCUACACGCUCUCCUUUCCUUCUUCCUCACCCUGCUCCACCAGCCCGCACCCCUAACCGUCCUUGCCUUCCUCCGCAACACCUACUCCCGACUCCACACCGCAACGUCCGACUUCUCCAGCCCCAUCUCCGUGGCCUCGGCCGUCGCGAACUCCUCGUCAGAGGAGCUCUUCGCCCUCUUCCUCAUGCCAUGCCACUCGACCCCCUGGCGCUCACACCUGAUCUACCCGACCCUUCGUGCCCGCGCCUUGACCUGCGAGCCGCCGCUCCACACAGCCCCCAACACCCCGGAGCGCAUCGACUACCGCGACGAGGCGGACCGCUUCUACGACGAUCCCCAGCAUUUCCUGGCCACUGAGAUGUGGCCAGUCGCCGCAAAGCACACAGGUGACCCCGACGCAGACAUAAACGCGUCAUUGGCACCGUCCAUAAAGGCCGAGGACAUCCCUCGCUACAUCGUCGGCUUCGAGGGCAUCGAGCCGUGGCUCCUUGACUUCUUUGACGGGCCCCGCGGCCGACAUUUUGGCGUCCGCCCGAAGCGCGUCUGGCAAGGUUGGAACGGCUUCUUCAAUGAGGACUCCCGGCGACGGGGGAAGAUCGUUGUCUGGGAUACGGGCCUUUACACCACCGUUUCAUGACUUAGUGCAAGAGUCGCCCCUUUCAAAUCAGGAGUGAAAGCCAGGCGGGUGCCCCAGUUAAAAAGCGUAAUUCGGCCCUGGGGUGUGUAGCCGACCCCGUCCUUCAACGGUAUAAUACUGUACAUAUAUGUACCAUACAGACAAAUGUAUCAUACGCACAAACGGACCAGUCUCUACACCAAAGUGGUCAACUCAAGGCGCUGAACAUCUGUGUCCCACAAAACGAGCACGUACUGAAGAAUGCGAUGACGCAUAGGUCGGUUCGAUAUGCGUUGGGAAUUCUGCACACACAGAACUAGAGACGCGCGGUUCAUAAUGGCCACUCUUGAUGAGGAUUUUCAAAAGUCCCUUCUUUUUCAAAGAUCAUAAAUACCACAUCAAAUCCCAUGUAACCUUGUAAGGGGAAUAGGCCACACCGGGCAACGCCUACUUGACUGAGACCCCUUCAUAGCGAGCGAGCCCGUGGGCAAUGCAUCGCUUUACACCAAGCCAGAGAGAGAAAGAGAAUCGAACAACUCCGUACGUCAUGGUUCGCACAGCACACAUAUGCCUCCCUUUUUAUUUCGACAUGGAACAUUGUAUCUGGAGUGGCCUCAUGCUUGGGCUUCCCUCCUUCCCUGGUUUCGAACCCUGGAAGCACAUUGUCAUGUCCAAGUGACGCUAUUUGCUCUCCAAAACUUAGCCUCCCAAACAAUAACACCAAGCGUUUCGUAUUUUCAACUUUGAAGCCGUCAUGACUGCCGUGUUUCUUCCGAUAGGGGUUGCUGCGGCGGUGCUAGCUCCGGCUGAGAUGCUGCUGCUAGUUGAGAUGCUGCUGGUGGGGAUUGCGCCGGCUGAGGUGGUGACGGUCGGGUCACUGCUGGCUCGGCUGCUGCCGUUGGAGCUGGCACCAUUGAUGCUGGUGCUGCUAGCGGGAACGAUGUCUGUUGUGCCGAUGUCGACGCCGGCACUGGUGGCGCUGGGGGGGCAACUGACGGUUGAGCCUGUGCCGGCUGAGCUUGUGUCGGUUGAGACGGAAUCGGUGGCACAGGCGCCGGAUGAUCAUUUUGCGCCUUCUCAUCGGGCUCUCUCCGGAUUUCUAGGCUCUUGCCCCUUCCCGACAUGAUGCUAGAGCCGCCGAGAGAGGACUGCCGAUCUGCCGGGGGCGACUUAUUUCUCCUUUGCUCCGCGCUUUCCUUGGCCUCUCGGUAUUUGUUCUUAAUCCAACCGAUGGGGCCCUUGGAUUCGUCUUUGCCGUCCUUGUCGCGGGAUUCAUGACUGCUGUGUGCCUCGGCAGCGUGGAACCCAGUCUCGGAGCUCUCGCCGGUGAAGCUUUUACGUGGUUUGUAUCCACCACUUCCAAUCGAGGUGACGCUGACAUCGGCAUUGUCGUUGGAUCCGAAGGCUAGACGUGGCGACGUGAUUGAAGGGUGAUGUUCGUGGCCUCUUUGCCGCGACAAUCUCCAUCGCCUUUUCUUAUCCUUCUCCGGCUCAUUUGCAUCUGCCGAUGCCGUCAUGAUAGACUCCUCAGUCUGAUCAAUGUCAGAACCUUCGUUAAAUGACGAAUGGAGAGAUGUCGGGGGGGACUUUUUGCCCUUGAGCGUCUGCUCAGGGUGCAAGGUGCUGCUGGAAGGGACCUGUGAUGCGCGUGGGGUGGGUUCUGAUGGCGUUUCAACCGAGUUGGAUUGCUGACCGACUGGGACGGCUUCAUCGUGCUCGGGUAUCGGACCACCCACCAGGUCCAUGGGAUUAGGGGCUUCAACGCUAGGGGACACAGCGGCUGAGUGCGUACCGGCCAAAGAUGCAGCCGAGCUUUGAGCGCUCGGGUUCAAACUUCCAGGAAUCCGCUUCUUCUUCAACUUGUUCGGCUGCCUCUUCUCGCCCUCGCCUGUGGGAGAUCGUUGGAAUAUGCUCGGGAGGCUUCGAUCCUUCAUGGGGGUCGUCAUCUCAUUCGGAUCGAGCAACCUCUCCUGACUCCGGCCUGCCAUGCCGGCAGCAGAAGGAGCCAGGCUGGACGUGCCAAUCACAGCUGGGGCAUGUGAGGCAGUUGAGGUGGUAGGGGACUGAUCAGGAAUCUCGACCAUCUCCUCCGUCGUCGCCGGGAUCAUGGGCUCGCGAGGGGACGAGCCGGGGAUAGGCGAGGCGUCACGUCUAAAUCUACCCGUCUGGAGAGCGGGGGACUUCUUGGAGGGCACGGUGUUGCUCCUGCCGAGUCCACUGUUUGGCGUCGGGGCGAGAGCAGGGCUGUUGGGGGUAGUAGAUCCCUCCUGGUGGGAGUGCCGCGAAGACGUUGACCGAUUCCUCCUGACCAUGCCUUCUCUUCUUACACUCUCGGCGCCAGCGCUUGCAUUGGACGCAGAACGGCCCAGACCCGACUUCCUGUUAGGGUUAGGAGUUACUGGCCCACCCGCAGCAGGGGGUGUGCCUUUUUCGAUCAGCUGCUUUGUCUUCUCGUCUGUUGCCGUACCCUGCAUUCCAAUCAAGAAGUGGUCCUGGUUUUCAAUGAGGAAAAUGAGGACGCAUUGGUUCAGACGGUACUCCUCUGGCGCCAUGGCGUGUUGCGGGUGUGAGAGCAUGCCGGGUUGAAAGAUGGCAGCGAGGUUCUGGGAAUUCAUUCGGUUCUCUUCCGACUUAGCGGCGAAAACUGCCAACAGAUCCAGGAUGUAGAGCAACAGCUGUCGGUUCAGCGGCGGAAGCUCAGUGAUGAGUUUUUGGUACUUGACAAUGGCAGCCUGCUCGUCAAAGUUCUCCACGAAUUGGGGUCCUUCGGCAUCACCAACAGCCUGUCUAGUGGCGCCUCGCAGCGGCUCCCGGAAUUUCUCGUACAGGUCCAACGGCACAACUGGUUCGGGCAGAUCGUUCAGGUAGCGUCGGAGGACGUUGGCCGCAUCGUGAACGGUGUAGUUAUCCCAAACAAGGCCCUUUCCAUAGCGGUCGGGAGAAUCGAAGAUUUGCUUUAGUUCCUUGAUGCGCUUCUCGGAGCCGCUGAGACGAAAAAUACCCUCUACUGCCGUGGCUGGAACGGAACGUGAGCAGGCGAAAAUUUGCCCCAGGGUGUUGUGUACACUUACCCUUUUCCUUCAAAAACACGCCGCACUUGGCUACAACGAUCGGUACGUAGCCAUAAAUGUAGCUUUUUCCGUUCUCAUCGACAAGGGAGAUGGCAACGUUGGCAUAGGUGAUACUCUGGCGGAGAGGAACGCCAAAAAUGCCAUGUGGUCGGUUAUCUGCUAGAGAAUGGUCAGCACCUGAAGUGGUAGCAGUGGUUGUCAUAGUUGCGCGGAUCCGCUUGGCGCACUGGCGCACAGGCGUAGCGAUGGACAGGGACAGCCUGUUGAGCACACAAGCCAAGCUGAGGGUGGUAGGCGGCGUCGCAUCACUUGAAGCACAGGCUCUGGGUAAGACAGGGUCGGCGAGCUCAACGAUGUAGGCGUCUUGCAGCAUGAGGACAAGGCUCAAAGGCAUGGUCGAAGUAUCGAUUGCGUAGUCGACGUCUUCACUGAAGAGGGGUUGCGUUGGGGGCGAAGAAUGCGAUGCGAACACAGAAGGGGUUCUACCGUGUUGUUCUUGAUGCUUCGAGGGCAGCUUGAAGCCUUUCCACCACGAUUUCAGGUCUCUCUUGUUCGGAGUCGAAGGCCCAGCGGGCGCGGUCGAGGUACUCGUGGGCUGCAAAGCCUGGUUGGGGGGAGGAACAGCGGACGUCAUCGCAAUGACGGGGCGCAGGUGGUCGGAGCUCAAUUAUCGUGUUGUUGCCAGCGCUCCUGGUGAUGGUCGGGGAAAACGGGGGGAGACACGAUGAAGGUAUAUCAGGCAGCGUAGAACGACAGUAGUCGAGCGACGACGAGGAAGAACAAGAAGGGUGCAGAAAGCAGACUCGGUGUCGCCAGUGAUCGUUCUUUUGGGUCGGUUGCUUGGCCGGUUUGGUGGUGUUUUGCACUGGGUUAGGUUGCUAGGUAUGUAUUGGAUGUGAGCAUGCGCUAAGAGAGGAUGCGAGCGCAGGCGGUGAUUGGACGUGGGGUUUCUUUUGGCGCGCAAAUGCUUCUUUGUCGAAUGGAGCGAUCUGUCGGUGGUCUCGAGUUUCCACCUCUUUUCUUCCGUCUCUCUCUUUCUCUAUCUCUGAAUGUCUAACGCGAAAAAACUGCUGUCGGUGUCAUGAGGAUGUUCUGGUAAAGAUGAGCAGGUAGGUGGAUAGAUGCGGGCGACGGUGGGAGCGAACGACGGGAAAAGAGCGUCGGUGUACUGGAGGUGAGAUGAUGGCCGAAGUGACUUUGAGCAGCCUUGAUUAAAGACAGCGAGCGGUGGGCGACGAUGAUGCAGCGCUGGAAGAGGGGGGGGUGGAAGUUGGUCAGACACGAGCUGCGCGUUAGUGGGAUUCUAACGAUGGACAAUGAAAGCGAGUGACGUUUCCGAACAAUGGACGCGACGACGACACGAAUCGAAUGUCGUGGUCGAACGUCGGUUGAAUGGCGACGAGGACGGAAAAGAAGAAGAAAGUUGUUUUCCCCUGAGGAGAGAGUUUGGUUUAAGGUCAGGUGGAAGAGAAGGAGGAGGAUUGAGGUAUGUGCACUCGAGGCGAGGUAAGGUGGGAAGGGUGGGAAGGUGAGUAGGUAGAGUGCCUAGGGUACCUAGGUAGGGACGGGGUAGGUAUGGUGAGGUAGAGGUGAAGGAUAAUACUGUAGCUAAGGCAUUCGUAGAAUUCGAAGAGAGGCCCGCCCAGGUAAAGUGGACGAAGGGGAGGGAGGGGGAGAUGCAGGUGCGGGUGCAGAUGCCAGUCCAAGUUACAAAGGUCCAGGUCCAGGCCAGAUCCAGGUCCAGGUUUAGGUCUAGGUCCAGGUCUAGGUCCAAAUGGUCUGUUAGGUCCAGGCCGGGCGUCAGUGUAAUGUGGGUGUGCGUAAGGGCCAGGAAAGGUAUGGGAGGUGCUGAAAUGUAUGUACGGCGCAGUGAAAUAGAGAGAGAAAGAGAGAGAGAGAGAGUAUGUGUGUGUGUGUGGUGAGUUAGUUGCCCCGGUCAAGCAAAGGUCGACGAAGUGGCGUGUACGAAUAGAGGGAAGCAUUUGUGCCCCAGGACGGUUAGGUGAGGCAGGGUACGUGGGCGGAAGAGGAUGGGCAAUCGUUCCAGUAAGUGGCCAGUUUGAACAAAUGAGCGAAGCGGUGCGGCGGUGGCGUCCACAUCCAGAGGUUCUCUGAUGUGGUAGCAUAAGAUGCCGGACAAACAGGGCAAGUAUGUAUGGACAAGGCAGCCGACUACGCAGACGACCACGACGAAGAUGACCAGUAGCAAAACAUUAACAACACAGCCAGCGACGGCGGCAAACAGACACUGACAGACUGGCCGGCACAGGAUGGAUAGCCCAGGACGAGACAACAGGGUUGUUGCGGUCAGGUGGUCGGGUAAAGACGCUUGUGAGGGAUGCCGUAAGGGUGUCGUAGGGGGGACGAUACCGAUGAUAUCCCCAAUGGCAAGGCCUCAACGUCGUUCAGAUGGGUUGGCGCUGGGCUGAGGUGGUCGUCGUCGGAUGGAUUUGGUGAUGGCCCCAUUGAGGGCAGGGCAGGGACGCUGGAAGA